AUGGGGGACAGCGAGACGGUGCAGUGGAGGCAGUGGAGGAGAGCGAGACGGUGCGGGCUGAACCGGUGCGGCAAGAGCUGCCGCCUGCGGUGGCUCAACUACCUGAGGCCGGACAUCCGGCACGGCGGCUACACGGAGCAGGAGGACCGCGUCAUAUGCUCCCUCUACGCCUCCAUCGGCAGCCGCUGGUCCAUCAUCGCCUCCAAGCUCCCCGGCCGCACCGACAACGACGUCAAGAACUACUGGAACACCAAGCUCAAGAAGAAGGCCAUGACCAUGCGUGGCCCUCACCACCACCACCACCACGCCGGCCUCGAAGCCGGUGCCGGAGCCGGAGCCAUCUCCGCGCCCGCGACGCCGCCAGGUCCUGCCCGGUCCUGGAGCCAAUGUGUGCCGUCCUCCCUGCAGCCCGCGGCGCUCUCGCCGGCAGCGUCCGGAUCCUCCUCCGUCAACACCAGCUCAUCAGGCGGCGACAUGUGCUUCGCCGCCGCCGGCAUGUACCCGCCGCCGCACCACAUGCAGGGCUUCGUGCACGUAGACUCGUCGCCGCAGACCGUGCUUGCGCCCAUGCCGCUGGACAUCCCCGUCGCCGGCAGCUGGGCGUCGUCGUCCGUGCCUGGAGCGAGCAACGUCGGCGGCAUGGCGCUGGAGGACGCAUUCCUAACAGACCUCAGCGCCUACGGCGACCUGCUGCUCGGCGGGUUCGGCGGGCUGCUGCAGGACAACAAGGCCACCGCCGCCAUGAAGCUCCCCGGGGCGUGCUACUUCCCCAACAUGGCGGAGUUGUGGUCCGCCGACCACGCCCACGCCCACGCCCAUGCCAAGCCGCCGCAGGGCCUCUGCAACACGUUCACAUAG